UGUUUAAUUAAAACAAAGCAUUGCGAUGGCUGGUGACUGGUGUUGACGCAAUGUGAUUUCUGCCCAGUGCUCUGAAUGUCAAAGUGAAGUAAUUCAUCCAAGCGCGGGUAAACGGCGGGAGUAACUAUGACUCUAACAUCAUGCAAACCUAAGAGGAACGUGGCUAAUGUGCAAUAGGCUCUAAAGGCUUAAACACAGGAUUGUUUUGAAGCCGAGCCAGUCCGGUGCAAGAAAGAUCUGCAGAAAGCAAGAAAGAUCUGCUCGGGCUAAGAACAUCAACAGAGUCUAGUGCAUAUCGAGUUCUAUUUCCUAUUUCCACCAACCAACCUGACCUCCUCGCGGUGCCUAAGGUUAUUAGCCUAAACGUGUACGCCCGAUUAUUAUUAAAGGUAGCUCUUUUUGGAGCUACACGUUUUAGGUGAAGCUAACAGGUUGGUGCUUCAGCAUCUUGCAGCCAGUUUAUAAAUCAAAUUCCAUAAAAAAAAGCUUCAUCUCAGUGAAGUUUCUGGCUGCCUCUCUAAGUCUACAGUUGGAAAUCCUUUUAAAUAAUGUCUGUUCGUUGUGAAGAGUGUGGCGGUAGUUUUAAAUCUGGAGGUGCCUUGGCGAGCCACAUUAAGUGGAAACACCCAAAUGUUGGUCAGCCGAGGCAGGAGGUGGUUAGUGAGGUGAAAGUGUGUCCCGAUUGCGGAGUUGGCUUUAAAGGCGAUAGGGGUCUAAAUGGUCACCGUCGCUCGGCUCACCCAGAUGUGUACCAUGCUGCUAGGCAACCGGCAGCUAGGGUGAAAGCCAGGUGGUCCCAUGAAGAGUUGGUCCUUAUUGCCCGUGCUGAACUGGAACUCCGUAGAACUAAACCCCGUCAGGGGAUUGUUCGUGCUCUCCACUCUCGGUUUCCUGAUCGAUCUUUUGAGGCUAUCAAGUGCGUGCGAACUAAGAACCCGCGCUACAAGGAACUCCUUGUUGCACUUGAGGCUGAGGAGGCCGUGAGGGAGUUUGCUGAGAUGGAAGCAGCGGACUCUUCCAGAUUUCAGCCGGGUGUACCCUCUCCUUCCUCUGAUGGGGAUGUGGGAUGGGGCGAUCAACUCCGAAUGUCAAUUAACAUCGAACACUUAGGUGUGGAUAGCCUGGACUGGGUGGUAGAGGGUUGCCCUGACCAGCGUGUCCGGAAUAAGCUUGAUGAGGUGUUUGCGUUGUGGGUUGGUCAUCUUGCGCGAGGGGAGAGGGCGCCUGUAAGGGACCCCCAAACCUCCGCAAGUAGUACUAACCCUGAUCGUUCUAGUUCGCUAGAUUCACGACGACGUAGACGGGCGCAGUACAGUGCUAUUCAGCAACUGUACAGUCGCAAACCAUCCGCGUGUGCGCAUAAGGUGUUGGACGGGUCGUGGGUGAAUCCAAAUCCUGGACCAUCACCUACUCUUCAGCAAUUCUGUGAUACCUGGCAGCCGAUCUUUGAGACUCCAUCUAUCAAAGAUAGCAGACGGCCGACCUGCAUUGGUCAAGUACGGUGGGACAUUUUGCGUCCGGUUACUCCGGAAGAACUUAAACCGGUGUUAACUGAGGGUGCGUCAUCAGCACCUGGCCCGGAUGGGGUGAAGUUGAAGCAAGUCAUUGGAUUGGGGAUGGAAGAGCUCUGUAGCCACUACAAUCUAUGGCUACUAUGUGGAAGUCAGCCUAGUGCUUUGUGCACAGGCCGUACAAUCUUUCUUCCAAAGGGCUCUGAGUCUAGUGACGCGCUUAAGUACCGUCCAAUAACCAUAGCCUCUCACAUAUUGCGAGUCUUUCACAAAAUCAUGGCUCGUAGAUGUGAUGCGAUCCUGCCCCUGAAACAUACGCAGAAGGGGUUCAGGCGUGGUGACGGGAUUGCUCAGCACGUGUUUACGCUGCAGUCCAUCAUUGAUGGGGCCAAAUCUGAGCUCAGGCCCCUCAAUUUGGUGUUUCUCGAUGUGCGUAAGGCUUUUGAUUCGGUCAGCCAUGACACCAUUGUUCAGGCAAUGCGUCGUCUUGGUUGUCCUGAUCCGUUCCUUGCGUACAUUGGAGAAUUGUACUCGCGGUCAAGCACUGUGUUGGAGCACAAUGGGGAAAAGAGUGCAACGAUCUUCACCCGCAGAGGGGUCAAGCAAGGUGACCCACUUUCGCCGUUCUUGUUCAAUGCUGUUAUAGACUGGGCAUUUUCGUCACUUGACGACCAUUUGGGGUAUUCGUUUGGCAAUAUUCGGGUGAAUAACCUUGGAUAUGCUGACGACGUUGCUUUGUUAAGCGAGACCAAAGCUGGACUCCGGGUACAGCUAGGGAAGUUCGAGUCACACUUGCUAAAAGGUGGCUUGGAAAUCAGUGCAGGCACUGAUGGUAAAUCGGCUUCCAUGAGUAUAGCGGUCGACGGCAAGGCAAAGCGAUGGGUGAUUGAUCAUACCCCAUUCCUGGCGACUAACAGCGGACUUAUUCCAUCUAUGUCCGCUACUGGGGAGUACAGGUACCUGGGGAUAAUGUUGGGCGCAGGCGGGGCGAAAGUGCGUGGGUCCUUGCGGAAAGAUCUAGUGCAAGGCCUUGGGAAUAUCUCCCGCGCACCUCUUAAGCCUCACCAACGGUUGGUAAUCUUGAGGAAUUUCUUGAUGCCGAAGUACCUGCACGAACUGGUGUUAGCGCCUGUUGGCGACGGAUGGUUGCGUUGGCUCGAUACCACCAUUAGGGCCAACGUUCGUCAGUGGUUAAAGUUGCCAAAAGACACUCCGAUUGCUUUCUUCCACGCAAGGGUUGCGGAUGGCGGCCUAGGGGUAACCUCGCUCCGGUAUUCAAUACCGGUAUUGAGGAGAAACCGCCUCGAAGCCGUCUGCUCGGCAGUUGACCCCCUAUCUCGAGCCCUAGUCGAUUCAUCUUUCUUUCAGGAAGCUCUGAAUCGACUACCCAGUAAGAUCUUGGAUGGGCGUUUGGUGACGGACAAGCAGUCUUUAGCCCAGGCUUGGGCUGCAAGUCUGUACACCAAGGUGGAUGGUAGAGGUCUCUCUGAGGCGCGAUCUUGUGCGGCUGCGAGCGGUUGGGUGUAUAAUCCGCCCCGUAAUCAAUCAGGGGCGAACUAUAUCGGUGCCAUCAAAGCUAGAGGUGGACUGCUCCUCUCUAAAGUGCGUUCUGCACGUGGCGACCCAGGACGAGAUGUAUCGUGUGAUUCAUGCAUGCGCCCGGAGACAGCUCAGCACAUAGUUCAGGUGUGUCCGAGAACCAGUGGUCCAAGGAUUAGACGCCAUGAUCGAGUGGUUAAGUUCGUUUCGGCUGCUGCUGAGCGGGCUGGCUAUAAGGUCAUGGUUGAGCCGAGGAUCGUUGGUCGUACUCUGGGUGUUCGGAAGCCGGACUUAGUUCUUUGGAACGACAGGAAGGCCUACGUAGCGGAUGUCACUGUCACCUCGGAUCAGGUCGGGGGAGUUAAAGCACAUCGUGAUAAAGUCGCCUACUAUGACCAACCAGAGAUUCGGGAAUGGGUCAGUAAUCUUACAGGCGUGGCUGACAUUUCCUUUUCCGCGGUUGCUGCCAAUUGGCGGGGUGUGCUGUCAUCUCUCAGUGCUGACUUUCUUAAGUCAGUUCUGAAACUCUCAAAUUGGGACUUGUCGGUGUUGGGCCUCAGGAUUUGCGAGGACACCUUCCAUGUACAUCGUUCUUUCGGAAGGUGCACCUAUCGAGUUCGCUCUUAAUGACGGAUUUCUUUUUUUUCUUGGAUUUCUUAUUGUGGUAUAUAUAUAACGUCGGCCGGUUUGCGGGCCAAAUGCUGAAGUUUCUUCUUUUUAUCUUUUUUACCUUUUUUAAUAUUAAAGGGAAUCUGUAAAAUUUUGAGACUCUAGUAAAUAAAUAGCCAAAUGCCUCGUCAUCUAAUUAGUGACGCGCAUGAAUGGAUUAACGAGAUUCCCACUGUCCCUAUCUACUAUCUAGCGAAACCACAGCCAAGGGAACGGGCUUGGCAGCAACAGCGGGGAAAGAAGACCCUGUUGAGCUUGACUCUAGUCUGACUCUGUGAAAAAACAUGAGAGGUGUAGAAUAAGUGGGAGGAGCAAUCCGCCGGUGAAAUACCACUACUCUUAUCGUUUUUUUACUUAUUCGGUGAAGCGGAGCUGGACCUCAACGUCCACUUUUUAGCAUUAAGAUCGCUCUUCUGCCGGUCGAUCCGAGCCGAAGACACUGUCAGGUUGGGAGUUUGGCUGGGGCGGCACGACUGUCAAAUGAUAACGCAGGUGUCCUAAGGUGAGCUCAAUGAGAACGGAAAUCUCAUGGAGAACAAAAGGGUACAAGCUCACUUGAUUUUGAUUUUCAGUAUGAAUACAAACUGUGAAAGCAUGGCCUAUCGAUCCCUUAGUCUUUACGAGUUUUAAGCUAGGGGUGUCAGAAAAGUUACCACAGGGAUAACC